UUUCAAUUUCACAAUAAAUAUUCGACAUUGAGUUUUGCAGAAGCUCUUCGUCCGAAACACAAAUUUUUUUUGUGUCCAUUUCAUUUCGAGAAGCAAUUUUAAUCAAUUUAAAUAAAUAUCAAGACAUAAUUCUUCGAAUUCAGUAGAGAAGAAGCACUACGUCUAAGAUGGACUAUUGAUUUGAGCAAAUACAAUUUGAGUUGUGAGUCACGGUGUGUUUAUUGUAAAAAGUGUUUUUCUAUCGAAAAAAAAAACACACAGUCAUAUAGCAAUUUGAUAAAGACAAUAACGAAGAAAGAGAAUAAGAAGAAGAAGAAGUAGAUCAACAAAGCGGGAGUUCAUAUACGAUUUUUUUUUAUUUUCGGUUCGGAUUGGUGUGUGUUAGUGAGUGGAAAGUGAAGCUGUCAAAAAAAAGUAGUACGGUUUUGAGUCGCAGUAAAUAGCACUAAACACGAACAAGGCAUUUUUUUGUGGGCACGAGCUGAAAAGCUAAAAUUCAAUUACAUUGAUUAUAAAUUUUGUGUGAAAUGAGCAAACAUAUGUAUUCGACGGCGAAUUUGAGUGACGUUGAGCUGAAAGACCAGGGCAAUCGAUUAUUUUCUUCACGAAAAUUUGACGAUGCAAUCAGCUGUUACACCAAAGCAAUCAUAAAGAAUCCCACAAAUGCAACGUACUUCACAAACCGAGCAUUAUGCUACUUAAAACUAAAGCGAUGGGAACAAUCAUGCCAGGACUGUCGUCGAGCAUUGGACAUGGAUCAGAAUUUGGUGAAGGGACACUUUUUCUUGGGUCAAAGCCUAUUAGAAUUAGAAUACUACGAUGAAGCAAUCAAACACUUACAAAGAGCCUGUGAUUUGGCAAAGGAACAAAAGCGAAACUUUGGCGAUGACAUUGCAUUGCAGUUGAGGGCAGCCCGAAAAAAACGUUGGAAUAUCCAAGAAGAGCGUCGAAUAUGCCAAGAAAUCCAAUUGCAAACGUAUUUGAAUAAGUUAAUUCAAGAGGAUAUGGAAAAUCGAUUGGCCAAACUCAAAACAGAUGAUACAAAGAACGAAGAGGUUAUCAAAACAGAGUCCAGUCAAAUCGAACAAGAAUGUGAGAAUAAUAUGACUGAAGUGAACAAUAUGUUUGCGAAAAUCGAUGAUCGUCGUCGAAAACGUGACGUACCGGACUAUCUAUGCGGCAAAAUUAGUUUUGAAAUUCUGGCCGAUCCGGUGAUUACGCCCAGUGGCAUAACAUAUGAACGAAAAGAUAUUGAGGAGCAUCUACAGCGCGUUGGUCACUUUGAUCCGGUGACCCGGGUAAAAUUAACACAAGAUCAAUUGAUACCCAACUUCAGUAUGAAGGAAGUGGUCGACGCCUUUUUAUCUGAAAACGAAUGGGCCCAUGACUACUAGAAAUAUGGUAUUUUGUAAAGAUGAUUAAAAAAAAGAAAUAAAAAAA